AUAAUAAAAAUUAAAAAAAGAGAAAAAAGAAGAAAUAUUUAUCACAAAAUUUGGCAAACAUUAUUAAUUAAUUAAAUCAUUCAUUCAUUGAUUAAUUUAUAUCAUUUGAAUAAGAUUUUUAUUUAGCAAAUCACUCAUUAAAAAAAAAAUAUUUAUAUAUUAAUAAAAAUUUAGCUAUCAAUAAUGUUAAAUCCUGCAACUCAAUCAAACCACAUAAAAACAAGUAGCGAUAUUCUUUAGGAAUUUAAUUAGAAGCACUAUGGAAGCUAAGAAUUUAGACCAUCAGUAGUUCAAAUCAACCACUAAACUAAAAGUGCAGUGACACAUAGUAAUCACAAUUUAAGUAAUCAUGAUGCAAUAAAUUAAUCAAACUAGUAUUUUACUCCUUAGCCUUCCUCUCAAAUUCAAUAACAAAACAAUAUAGCAAAAAGCAAUGUCUAUAAUGAUACUUACUAAAGCAAUAACGGUAUUCAACAAAGCAAUUACAAAGCUUACGUUUAGGAUAAUUAGUCAAAGAUUCAAAAACCCAAUCAAUUGCAACAAUAAUAAGCUCAAUAAUUUAGCUAAAAUAACUAAGUUUCUAACAACAUAUUCCUUAGUGGCAUAUAACAAAACUAAAAUCCUCCACGCAGUGAUAAUUUAUAUUCAAUUAGCAGUAGAAUUGAAGAACAUUAAAGAUUAUCUUAGAAAAAAGCUAGCAACAAAUUGUAUGAUUCGUUUAUUGGAAAAGAAAAAGACUUAGAAUCUUCAUUCACAAACGGCAACGAAAAUAGUAAGAAAGCUAAUUAGUUCAAUGAUAAUUUAGGAAAAGAUUUUAAGCAGAUGACUUCAAGAGAAAUUGGAUAAAGUUUGUUACAAUAAGAAUAAAAAAGAUACUUUAGUCCUGCCUCUCCUGAGUAGUUGUAAAAUAUAAUUACUUUAAAGAGAAAUAGAGGAGUCUACAAAGGACAAGUUAAGUAAAUUAAAGGCGAAAAUGUUUUAGAAGGUAUUGGCCAAAUGGAAAUGUUUAACGGAGAUAUAUAUAUGGGCUAUUUCUGGAGAAACUAUAUGCAUGGUGAUGGCUACCUCUUAAAACAAAAUGGUGAUUUCUAUAACGGAAAAUUCUAGAACGAUAAAAUCCAAGGAUUUGGUAGAUAUUAUUAUAUUAAUGGUGAUCUCUAUGAAGGAAAUUUCUAUUAUGGUGUAAGACAAUCAGAAAAUGCAAAAUUCUACUCAGCAGCUGAAGAUGCCUGGUAUGAAAUCCCUUUCGAUCAAGAUAGAAAGCAUGGAAAAGGAUAAAGAAAAGAUAAUUAAGGCGUCGUUUUAAACGUUGAAUUCUUUUAAGAUGUGCUAUAAACUGGUGACAAUGUGAAUAUAAGUCAAGUAAACUUGAAUGAUUAUUUUGUAAGUAAAAUCAAAGAAGAAGUUUUGUAUGAAAAUUAACCAGUAAAAGAAGAAGUAGUUAAACGCACAAAGAAAGAAUAAAAGCCCAAAGAUAUUCACUAUUAAGCUAUGCAAGAAUUAGAAGGAUUCAUUAAAGAGGGAUUGCCAAUCUAUUCAUUUGAGCAAUAACUCUCGAAUCCUAUUUAAGGCUAAGCAAUUUACAAAUUUUAAGAUGGCUCUUAUUACGCAGGAAAUUGGUUAAAUGGUGUCUUCCACGGAUUUGGUCAUUACUAUGAUUCAAAAGUUGGUUUGUAUAAAGGUGAUUUUAUUUAAGGAUUAAAGAAUGGCUUUGCUGAUAUGUUUUACUUCAAUGGUGAUGAAUAUCAUGGAAUGUGGGUGCAAGAUUUAAAGCAUGAUGAAAAGGCAUAAUAUUUUAAAUUUAGUAAACAACAAGCAUAUGAAGCAUAUUUUAGCCAAGGAAACUUGAUUAAGAUAAUAAAACCUGUCUAAUAGCAAUUAUUCUGA